GGAACACCUGCAACCAGAUGUUUGUGUAGGAGCCCAUUUUAGACCAAAAUGGUGUUCUAGAUACUGAUCAUUUGAUAUAGGUAGAAUCAACAUUGACCCGGUAUAUAGCGUUGGCGUGAUGUCACUUCCUGUUUCUGGUACUUCCUGUCAGCCGGCAUGGAAUGUGAUAAUAAGUUUGUGCUGUUUGUAUCUUCUCCUUUAUGUCUGAUGAAGUUAGGGGCUCUUACCCCCUGAAAAGUGUAACAAGGACUUUUAUUAUAAACCAGUAAUUAGACCUUGGAGCUCUAGAACAUCUGGAGGACCCAUCGGUGGGAGAAUCAUCUCCAAUAUCGAUAUCAAGAACCCUGAGGGUGAUAAGUGAUCCAAGGAGGCGAUACAGGAUUUACGCUGAAAAAGUUUUUUUUUAGAAGACGAUGGUGGUUUCCAUCGCUGAACCUUCAAGGAUGGGCGAGGACAGAAACCUCAUGGCUGCGAGGAUAUUAGACCUCACCCUAGAGAUCAUCUACUUGAUAACUGGAGAGGAUUACAAAAUAGUAAAGAAGUCGUCUGGUGAGUGUGUGACACCCCAUGUGUCAGGAGAAUGGAGCAGGACCCCAGGAGCCAUCAUCGAGCCUCCACUUUAUUCACUGAUACACGAGCAGAAGAUCCUAGAACUUACCAACAGGAUCACUGAGCUUCUGACCAGAGAGGUUCCUAUAAGGUGUCAGGAUGUCACUGUCUAUUUCUCCAUGGAGGAGUGGGAGUAUUUAGAAGAACACAAGGAUCUGUAUAAGGACGUCAUGAUGAAGGAUCACCAGCCCCUCACAUCACUGGAUGAGUCCAGUGGUAGAAAUCCACCAGAGAGAUGUUCCAGUCCUCUAUAUUCCCAGGAUUGUCCUGAGGAAAAGCCAACUUUCCCACUGGAUCAUCAGGAGUGGGAGUAUUUAGAAGGACACAAGGAUCUGUACAAGAACGUCAUGAUAAAGGAUUACCAGCCCUUCACAUCACCAGAUGAGUCCAGUAGGAGAAAUCAUCCGGAGAGAUGUCCCAGUCCUCUAUAUUCCCAGGAUUGUCCUGAGGAAAAACAAAAUGUUCCACUGGAUCAUCAGGAAUCUUCACAAGAAAUUUAUGGUGGAAUGACAAGUGGACCAGAAAACGCACAAUCAGAGUCAUUGAAUGGUGAAGACCAAAUGAGAAGCACUCAUGAACAUACCUCAUGUGAAUUAGAUGAUAAUCAGUCUCAGAUUGGCAAAACUAGAACUGAACACAGACUGGGUAUAAUUUUUGCAACUUCUGAAAGUGGGAAGCAAUUUAAAAAGAAACAUAGUCUUUCCGCGCACCAGGGAAUUCACAAAGGCAAAAGACAAUAUACAUGUUCAGAAUGUGGGAGAUCUUUUGGUAAGAAAUCAACUCUUGUGACACAUCAUAGAAUUCACACAGGAGAGAAGCCAUUUUUAUGUUCAGAAUGUGGUAAAUGUUUUAACCAGAAGGCAAGUCUUAUGGAACAUCUAAAAAUUCACACGAAGGAGAAACCAUAUUCUUGUCCAGAAUGUGAGAAAUGCUUUUAUAGGAAAUUCUAUCUUAUUAGACAUCUGAGAACUCACACAGGAGAGAAGCCAUUUUCAUGUCCUGAAUGUGGCAAAUGUUUUACUACUAAAUCCUGUAUUGUUAAACAUCGGACAAUUCACACAGGAGAGAAGCCAAAUUCAUGCUCAAAAUGUGGGAAAUGUUUUAGCCAGAAAUCGGCUCUUGUUAUACAUCAGAGAAUUCACACAGGAGAGAAACCAUUUCCAUGUCCUGAAUGUGGAAAAUGUUUUACUUUGAAAGCAGCUGUUGUGAGACAUCUGAGAACACACACAGGGCAGAAACCGAAUUCAUGUUCAGAAUGUGGGAAAUGUUUUAGUGACAAAGCAAGUCUUAAAGACCAUCUAAGAAUUCACACAGGGGAGAAGCCAUAUUCUUGUCCUGAAUGUGGGAAAUGUGUCAGCUAUAAAUCAAGUCUCGUGAAACAUCUGAGAAUUCACACAGGAGAGAAACCAUUUUCAUGCAAAGAAUGUGGGCAAUGUUUUAGCCAGAAUUCAAGUCUUGUAAAACAUCAGAGAAUUCACACAGGAGAGAAGCCAUAUCCAUGUUCAGAUUGUGGGAGAUGUUUUAGAAUCAGAUCAAGUCUUGUGAAACAUAUGAGAACUCACACAGGGGAGAAGCCAGUUUCAUGUUCGGUGUGUGGGAAGGUCUAUGACCAUAAAACAAGUCUUUUGGAACAUCUAAAAUCUCACACAGAGAGAACCCAUAUUCAUGUUCAGAAUGAGGGAAAUGUUUUUGUCACAGAUCAAGUCUUGUAGAACAUCUAAGAAUUCACACAGGGGAGAAGACAUUUUUAUAUAUAUAUGUAAAAUGUUUUAGUUACAAAUCAGAUCUGGUUUAUCACCAAAGAGUUAAUUCAAGCGAGAAACCAUUUUGAUGUUCAGAGUUUAGGAAAUGUGACAGAUGCGGAGCUCCGAUAUAGGACCUUUGUCAGGAUGUUUUCCCUUUUAUCACUUGAAGGGAUUGUCCAGAUUCAGAGCUAAACCUGGACAUAUCUCCGUUUUCACCCAGGCAGCCCCCCUGAUAUGAUCAUCGGAGCAUUUCAUACUCUGAUGCUCUUCUUUGCCUUGCACUGAAUCGCGCAGGGCAAAAGCUUUUUAUGAAGAUCAGGUGACCUACCGCGCUCUCCAAAGGGUAAGUUAGGCAGAGGCUUCCGCCUAGCAGUGAGCCCGGUGACAUGACCGGCACUGAUGGGCGGAAGCCCGAUUGAACGUUAGAUACUUGUAACAAGAUGUGCUUGUAUGGAGUCUGUAGCAAGGCCCUGAAGCGGUCACUCUGACAUUAGGCCUUUGUAUCAAAUCUAAUGCAGAUAAGGUAGCAGAAUUAUUGGAGACGGAUCCCUCUAUGUUAGACAAAACAAUUCUUGUAGCUCAGUUAUGCAUUUUAAAUUCUGGUGUUUUUCUUUAAAGUGUAGAUGGCAUGCAAUAUUGGAAAGGGAUGCCCAAGUGGCAGGUGAAAAAUUGUCUCUCCAUCAGGAAAGGAAGCCCUGAUCUCCCCUUGACAGGAAGAGACACUUACCACUAUACUAUUACGGCCUGUCAUGUUGGAGACUAGGGUUCCAUUCUUAAUGUGCUUGCCAAAGAAUGAUGCAUUCACAAGUCCAAGCACCCAGCACAAGUAACUUUCUGGAGGAAGAGGACUUUGAUGCGGAGGGUUUGUGGCCAUCAUAAUACCCAACUCACCCUAGGCUGACAGUACAAAGUGCAGCAAAAGCCCAGUAAGUUGCACUAACUAAAUCCUGCUGACAUCAACAACCAUCAAGGUAAAGGAGAAAUUCACCUGGAUCGCUGUCUCAUAGCAAAGACCAGAAUGAGAAGAGUGAGGAGACAGGCAGACAAGACAAACUAGUCAGCAGUACCUUACUAUUGUGUACAGCAUGACAAAGAAAUUGGUAAUAAUUAAUCGUCCACUGAACUCCCCUGUGCAGCCUGACUCCGCAAUUAUGUGGCUUACCCAAGGGUGACAAUCAGUGAAGAGCAGAAGAAGAUGCAUUAGUAGUACUCAACAUCUCAGGAACACCAAGAUUGCUUUCCUAAACUCAGCCAUGGGAUACUUUACUGCCUGUGCGAUUGUAUGAGGGAUGUCCAAACCCCACACUAAGGCCUCAUGCACACGACCGUAUAUAUUUUACAGUCCGCACUGACAAUUUAAAAAAAUGAGGAGUCACAUGUGAGAGAGAGAUUAGUAAUUUCUCCCAAACACCCACAGUGGAGGAGGAGAGGCCACUUAGUCUUUCUCAUCCUGCAGUCUGAGGCUGCAGAACAUGUCCGCAUUUUGCUGCUCCAUAGAGAUGGAAACGGAUAAGGAAAUUGUCAGUCUUUAUAAAUAAAGAAACUACAUUAAUAGUAAAAGAGAAUUAUAUCGAAAAACAGGCAGAUGUUUUCAUGCAAGGAGAGCCAAAUACAGAUGAUCAGGGCUCUGGUUUGUUGCCAAGCCAAAGGGCAUUUAACCCAUUUUCCUGGAGACCGUCCACGUGAAGGUCCCUUUCCAAUAUUGCAUGCCAUGCACACUUUAAACAGUAACACCAGGAGUUAAAAUGCAUAAUUGAGCUACAAGAAUUGUUUUGUCUAAAAAAGAGGCCUCUGCUUUGCAGAGACCUAACAAUGUAAACAUGUUUGUUAGUGUAAAUCCUGUAAAACAAUAAAAAAAAAUACAAUUUUAACUAUAAAUUAUGGAUUUAUUUGGAAAUGCUCUCAUGGACACCUGCUAUUCACAACUUCGAUCUUCCACCAACUGCCAGACCUGGGCACUUGGCAAGUGGCAAGGAACAACUUGCCGGAUCAGUGAAUACCAGGUGAAACCGCGCACUGCCAAGAUACCAUCCGGCCCCUUUCACUAUAAUGGGGAUUGACGGAGAUCUGGCUGCUACCCGUCCGGCCACUUCUAGGCAUAUUUGCUGGGUAGUGGCCGAAUCUCCGCCAGUUCCCAUUAUAGUAAAUAGAGAUGGCCUUGCGGUUCACCCGGCAGCCGUUUCGCGGCGCACUUUGCUUGUUCACCGAACAGGCGAACAUAUGGCGGUGUCCGCUGGCGCCAUAUUCUUUUACAUUGUGAAGAACUUUGACCCCUGACACAUCCAUCAGGUGGUA